AAAGUUCCCCCAAAAAGUUCGUAGAAAGAGAUAAAGAGUAAGUUAAUCCAAGAUUAAAGUUAAUCUACGUUGGUAGAAAUAGGCCUUAAAUGGCGUUCUCGUUUUAUUUACUUCCUUAUCGCAUCCGCGAAUAUAGAUAGGCGUCGAUUGUCGCCAAAUUCACAUUUAGGGAGCCGCGAACAUAUGAGCGCGAGAUCCGAAGACCUCCCUACGACGAAAUUGCCAAGACAUGUCAGCUUCAUUUUUCGAGAAGAGACACACAAAAUUGUAAGAUUAAGUAAGCUCCACGGCGGUGAUGAAGACGAGGGGGCGAGAAUGAUCUUCGCACGGACGACGGUCAGAUAUAUUUUUGAUAUAUCGCAAAAUCAAAGUACAAAGGUUAAAUCCUGGUGAACGAGGUCUUCACGCGAGAAUGUCUACUGACCUGCUGCCGGAAUCGGUGAAUUUGUUCCUCGACGACUUCGAGACCAGUCUCUGCCUGCCUAUCCUCGUGGUCAUGGUGCUCUGUACCGCUCAGUUCGUAUUUAAUCACGCCUUCGGUAUCGGACACAUGAUUUAUCAAAACGUGAGGAAGCCGACGACGGAGGAGCAUGAGGAGCAAGAUAAAACUGACAUGAUAAAAAAACUGAAAGGAAUGCUGACUCGAGGCAUCGGAAAACCCGGCACGGCGGCGACCCCGGCGAUUAAAAAUCCUUCACGGUACGACCCUCAAUCUCAUGAGGAGGAGUGGGACUAUUGUGAGGAGGACACUGAAUGAGAUAAUAGAGCGCUUCUGCACGUCAUUAGUACAAUACAAAGUGUAUUGCAAAUAAAUCUUAUAAUAGAUAUCUUUUCAUAAUUGUCAUACAAUUCAGUUCUAAAUAAUCGCGUGGAUAAUAGCCCGGGGAUAAAGAUGACAAGGAGAGAUACCCCCUUUUGAGAUCUUAUGAUCGUUUUGUUCACUUGAUCAUUAACAUCGAUAAAAUAGCCGGACGGUCUGGAUUAACCAAUAUUUUCGUGUGAUACUGCGCUGAUAAGUUUAAGAAGGAUAAACAACGUCGUCCAAGGUCCAAGUUUUGAAGCGUGCAGAGCAUGGAAGAGGGGGACCGGUGUCGAAGACACGAGAGUAGGUCAAGGCUGACAGCUCGAAGCUCCCUCGGGUUCCACGUAUGUCACGAAUAAAGCUUAAUUAAGUCCACUUGAAAGUAACUACCGAAAGCGAAAGCUGUCGGGCCAAAUGUCCGAUCGGCCAGCGCAUUUGAUACUCCGCUGUUCCCGUUCUUUUUUUUUUUUCUGAAAAAUUAAAAUGCUCGGAUGCUCGAUCGGUUGUUCCCUCGCUAAAAUCCCUCGUAAAAUCAAAAAAGAGUACUAUCUGCUUUGCCGUUUCAUUCAUACGACGACGUUUGGAUUUUCGACUCGACGGUGCCAAUCCGAGGCCAACGGCUAAGCGAUGUUUUUCAUCGCGUGGCCUUGCAAUUAUUGCACUCGGAUAUGCGAAAAACGUCACGUGUGAAAUAUCACUUUGUUGUUGAAAAACGAUUUGCGCCACACAUUCGCGCACGACGUCCUCGAGAAAUUGUGUGCUUGCAUCGCGACCGAUGCGAUUGUUGUUGUUGCUCGGACGCGAUUUACAUGUUCAACAAUGAGCCACGCUCGGGCAAUCAUCUGUAUCAACGCGUGUGGGUGUGUACGCGUGCGUAAGAUCACGUAGACUGGUAUGCUAGCCGCUAAUUCUUGGGAUUCUUCCGAGGUCAAAGCACGCACGAUAUAUUUGUACAACUGACUUUCUAGCGGCUAGCGGAUAGAGGAAGGUGAACAUUUGCCAAUGGGUCUUUUGGCAAUAACAUGUUAUUUAAACAUAUGCUCUAAGACAUCGCUCUUUUCAAGCAGCUGAUAAGAAUGCGGAGAAGAAAGCAGUAGAAAUAGUUACGACAUGGAUUAUAUAAAAAGUUUACUAACUCAAUUAAACUAUGCGCAAUGAAAAUUAAACUUAAGCGUAAAGAGAAA